UGAGUGUACCGGCGGUGUCCACUUUCCAGUCCUCAGUCACACACCACACACGGCACCGCCUCCCGGCACUCACACACCGACAGCUUCCCUCGCCUCGCCUCGCCUUGUUUUCCGUCGGGAUAUUGAUCCUGUCGGCCGAGGGAGGGGAAAAGAGCGCUGAGAAGGUCGGGUUGGUGUUUUCGGCAUCCAUACCACUGUUUGGGUGUCGGCAGCAGCAGCAGCAGCAGCAGCAGCAGCAGCAGCAGCAGCAGCAGCCGCAUUCCUGGUGCAGAGCAGCGGCGGCCUCCACCAGGGACAGCACGCCGCCCGCACAUCCCCCGCCCGCGCCCCAGCCACGCCCAGUGUACCCUGCCAGUUAGUGGUGCGCUUGGUGAAGCUUCGCCAUGGAAAGUGAAGGUGCCAAGCGAGCGGGUGACACUCCCCAACCAGUGCCUGCUCAGGCUGCUGACGGUGUGGGGCCGAAGAUGGGGACACCAGCUGCGACUGUUACUACUACUACGACUACUACUACGACUACAAGCAAGCAGGAGCAGAAUGGUGUCCCUGAGCACGACGACAACGAUGAUGUGGUCGUGCAGAGCUCCCCACGACUGCCAGGAACGACUACUGUGGCCAAGGAGGAUGUUAGCCUGAAGACGGUACAGCAGAUGCCACAAGAUCAGGAUGCGAAGAAAGACGCUCUGGCGACGACGAGGCGUGACGACGGUGCCAAGUCCCCUGUCUCUAUUGUUAUCGAUGAGACGACCCCACGACCCCACGACGACCACGAGGACGACCAAGGCGCUGCUGGAGAGAGAAAGGUCCCAGGUAAAGAGAAAGGCAAGGAGGGAGGUGUUGAUGAUAGGGAGAGGAAGAAGGAGAAGGAGAAAUGUGAUGAUGAGGAGAAAGAGAAGGACGAGAAGGAAGAAGAGGCAAAGCAGAUGAGUGUCAAAGAGGAAAAGGUUGGAAAAGAGGUGAAGAAAGAGGAGGAUAAAGAUGUGAAUGGUGAAAAAGUGAAGGAGGAAAAGAAGGAGGAGGAGGUGAAAGUGAAUGGAGGAGUGGAGGAAAAGGAGCAGGUGAAGAAGGAGGAAGACAAAGGGUUGAGUGCGGAAAAGGGUGAGAGAGAGGCGAUGGGAAAGAAUGGGAAGGAGAAAACAGUGAAGAGUGGUGAUGAAAGUGAGGAAAAGGAAGGAAAGGAAGAGGAAAAAGCUGACAAGGAAAAGAAACCAGAGGAGGAGAAGGAAAAGGUGGAAGAAAAAGGAGCCAUUGGAAAGGAGGAAAAGGUUGAAACGAAGGAAGAAAAACCGAGUAUGAAGGAAGACUUGGAGAAAAAAGAAGAAAAGGUUAAUGGGCAGGAAAAAACGAAAGAAGAAAAAACUGAGGUGAAGGAAGAAAAGAAGGAAGAAAAGCCUGAAUUGAAGGAAGAAAAGCCUGAAGUGAAGGAAGAAAAGAAAGAAGUGAAGGAAGAAAAAGAAGAAAAGCCUGAAGUGAAGGAAGAAAAGAAAGAAGAGAAGAAGGAUGAGAAGGCUGAAGUGAAGGAGGAAAAGAAGGAAGAAAAACCUGCAGUAAAGGAAGAAAAGAAAGAAGAAAAGAAGGAGGAGAAGGCUGAAGUGAAGGAAGAAAAGAAAGAAGAGGAGGAGAAAGCAGAAGUGAAGGAAGAAAAGAAGGAAGAGAAGGCUGAGGUGAAGGAAGAAAAGAAAGAAGAGAAGGAGGAAAAACCUGAAGUGAAGGAAGAAAAGAAGGAAGAGAAGGCUGAGGUGAAAGAAGAAAAGAAAGAAGAGAAGAAAGAAGAAAAAGUUGAGGUGAAGGAAGAAAAGAAGGAAGAAACACCUACAAUGAAGGAAGAAAAGAAGGAAGAGAAGGUUGAAGCAAAGGAAGAAAAGAAGGAAGAGAAGGUUGAAGCAAAGGAAGAAAAGAAGGAAGAGAAACCAGAAGUGAAAGAAGAAAAGAAAGAAGACAAAAAAGAAGAGCCUGCAGUGAAGGAAGAAAAGAAGGAGGAAAAGGUUGAAGUAAAAGAAGAAAAGAAGGAAGAGAAGGCUGAGGUGAAGGAAGAAAAGAAGGAAGACAAAAAGGAAGAAAAACCUGCAGUGAAGGAAGAAAAGAAGGAAGAGAAGGCUGAAGUGAAGGAGGAAAAGAAGGAAGAAAAGCCUACCAUGAAAGAAGAGAAGAAGGAAGAAAAAGAAGAAAAACCCAUAGUAACAGUGAAAGAAGAAAAGAAGGAAGAAAAGGUUGAGGUGAAGGAAGAAAAGAAGGAAGAGAAACCUGAAGUGAAAGAAGAGAAGGAAGAAGACAAAAAGGAAGAAAAGCCUGCAGCGAAGGAAGAAAAGGUUGAAGUGAAAGAAGAAAAGAAGGAAGAAAAGGUUGAAGUGAAAGAAGAAAAGAAAGAAGAGAAGAAGGAAGAAAAGAAGGAAGAGAAGACUGAGGUAAAGGAAGAAAAGAAGGAAGAAAAACCUGAGGUGAAAGAAGACAAAAAGGAAGAGAAACCUACAGUGAAGGAAGAAAAGGAGGAAAAGGUUGAAGUGAAGGAAGAAAAGAAGGAAGAAAAGGCUGAGGUGAAGGAAGAAAAGAAGGAAGAAAAACCUGAAGUGAAAGAAGAGAAGAAAGAGGAAAAAGAAGAAAAACCUGAUGUAGCAGUGAAAGAAGAAAAGAAAGAAGAGAAGCCUGAGGUGAAGGAAGAAAAGAAAGAAGAGAAAGAAAAACCAGCUGUGAAGGAAGAAAAGGAAGAAAAACCUGCAGUGAAAGAAGAAAAGAAAGAAGAAAAGGCUGAAGUGAAAGAAGAAAAGGUUGAGGUGAAAGAAGAAAAGGAAAAAGAAAAAGAAAAGCCUGAAGUUGCAGUGAAAGAAGAAAAGAAGGAAGAAAAGGUUGAGAUGAAGGAAGAAAAGAAAGAAGAAAAACCUGAAGUGAAGGAAGAAAAGUUUGAAGUGAAAGAAGAAAAGGUUGAAGUGAAGGAAGAGAAAUCACCAGUGAAAGAAGAAAAGAAAGAAGAAAAGAAGGAAGAAAAGGUUGAAGCAAAGGAAGAAAAGAAGGAAGUAAAACCUGAGGUGAAAGAAGACAAGAAGGAAGAGAAACCUGCAGUGAAAGAAGAGAAGGAGGAAAAGAUUGAAAUGAAGGAACAAAAGAAGGAAGAAAAGGUUGAAGCAAAGGAAGAAAAGGUUGAGGUGAAAGAAGAAAAGAAAGAAGAGAAAAAGGAAGAAAAGCCUACAGUAAAGGAAGAAAAGAAGGAAGAAAAGGUUGAGAUGAAAGAAGAAAAGAAAGAAGACAAAAAGGAAGAAAAGCCUGCAGCGAAGGAAGAAAAGAAGGAAGAAAAGGUUGAGGUGAAAGAAGAAAAGAAAGAAGACAAAAAGGAAGAAAAGGCUGCAGUAAAGGAGGAAAAGAAGGAAGAGAAGAUUGAAGUGAAGGAAGAAAAGAAAGAAGAAAAGAAGGAAGAAAAGGUUGAAGUAAAGGAAGAAAAGAAAGAAGAAAAACCUGCAGUGAAGGAAGAAAAGAAGAAAGAAAAGAAAGAAGAAAAACCUGCAGUGAAAGAAGAAAAGAAGGAAGAAAAGAAAAAAGAAAAAGCACCAAAAUCCCCAGUAGAAGAAGGAAAGGAAGAAGAAAAGGCAAAGAAAGACAGUGAAGAAAAAGACACAAGUGAAAAAGUUGAUGAAAGAGAUGCAGGAAAAGAAGAGAAGAAAAAAAUUACUGAAGAAACUGAGAAGGAAGACAAGGAGCAGGAAGAUGAAAAGAAGACAACUGAAAGAAUAGCAACAGAGGAAGAAGAAGGAACGAAGAAAGUGGAGGAGAAGGAGGAGGAGGAGGAAGAGAAACCAACGGACACACAAGAGAAAGAGGAUAAAGAAGAAAAGGAAAAGGGAGAGAAAGAGAAAGAAGAAACGAAGGAAAAGAAGACAGUAACAGUGAAGAGAGGAAGAAAAGUAACAAGGAGAAAACAAGCAGAGGAAGGACAUGACAGUGGGGUUGAUGAGACCACUCAAGCCAAGGAGAAUGGAGGCAGCAGGUCCCCAUCAAAGGGCUCAAGAGGCUCCCCCAAGAAACGGAUGCCACGCUCUUCUGACCCGUCCCCCAUCAAGCCCCGCACUCCCACGUCAGCCCCGUCUUCAGAGCGCAAAGUGCCAAUGAAUAAGAUUGAGGUGGGGAAGAGUGCCUCGCCGAACCUGAAGGCCGUAAAGUCCAAAAUCGGCAGCAUGGACAACGCCACGUACAAGCCAGGCGGAGGGAAGAUCAAGAUUGAGUCCAAGAAGCUUGACUACUCCAAGGCUUCCAGCAGGAUUGCAGCCAAGAACGAGGCCUACCAACCAGGAGGCGGCGACAAGAAGAUUGAGUCGCAGAAGCUUAAAUGGAAUGUCUCCAGCAAAAUUGGCUCUCUAGACAACAAGGACCACAAACCAGGCGGUGGGGACAAAAAAAUUGAGAGCCAGAAGCUGAAGUUCGCGGCACAGUCCAAAAUUGGGUCAAAGGAGAACAUCAAACACAAACCAGGUGGCGGUGAAAUCAAGAAGAAGAGCCCAAAGUCUGAAACAAAAAUUGAGAACCAAAAGUUGGAUUUCAGGGACAAAGCAUCCAGUAAAGUAGGAUCACUAAACAAUGUACAGCAUAAGGCUGGUGGUGGGGAUAAGAAAAUAUUUGAUGACAAGGAGUACCUAAGACAGAUGCAAGGCUCUCCCUGCAACACUUCCACUAGUAAGGCAUCAUCAGAGGCAAAUCUCUCAGGAACACAGAGCCCCAGCCCGGGUCUCACCUCCCCAGCCACACAGGAUGAGACUCUUGAGCAGGCAGCAGCAGCAGCAGCAGGUGCCACGUCCCCUUCAAGCAGAGGCACAACCCCUGCCCACUGAGUCAGCAGAGGAGGGAAGCAGGGAAGCUGAUGUCAGGCUGAUAUUUGAAGCAGCAUGGAAGAAGGACAAAAGAAGCCAGCAUUCAUCAUUACAUCUCUUUAGACUGAGCCAACCUAAUCCUACCUUGACUUUAGGGCUAAAAGUAUGAGAUGAGAUGCAUUACCUGUCUCUCUCUCUCUCUCAAAUCAGUCUUAUGAUUUAGUCUCAAAGCAUUGUGUCAAGAGAGGAUCUGCCAAGGGUGUCUCAUAAACGCCUUGGGAGUUUGCGGCGUUUAUUGACGGACGUUUUGGCAAUGUACUAUGUAAGAAUACUUCUGUCCACUGCAUUGUCCCUUUGUUCAUGUGCAUUCACUGUCAGUCCAGAAGUAAUGUGUGUUUUGGAGUAAGAAAUGUCACUUAGUCUCUCUCUCUUUCACCCACUUGGCUCAGCCACUUGCUGUCUGAAUGCAUGUAAACAAUGGGAGGAGUUUCUGCAGGCGCUUUUGAUACAUGGUAAAUAGAUUGUUACUAUUGCUACUACUACUACUACUACUACUACUACUACUACUAUUCUAUCAUUCAGUCUCUUCUUCCUACUGUUAUUACUAGUACUUUUUCCUCUCCUCCUUGCCCUCCUUCUACUACUACUACUACUACUACUACUACUACUACUACUACUACUACUACUACUACUACUGCUACUACUACUUCUACUACUACUUCUACUACUCCUACUCUUCCUACAAUUACAGUACUACUUAGGCUGUUAUUACUACAACUACUACUACUACUACUAUUACUGCUGCUACAUUGCCAGGAACAUAAUUCUGUGUGUUAACCUUGGAACCAUUUUUUUGUGUAUAUAGAUGACAAAAGGAAAGAAUAAUGUAGUUGUUCACAUUAUCAUUGCAUCAUAAACCCAACCAUUUUUAAUUUCAAGACAUCUCAACUGAGGUGAGAAAAUAGAGUAAUAAAAAAUAUAUAUAUAAAAACAUGAUUCAUUAGUCAAGAAGUUGUAAAAAGUUUAAUUGAUUUUGUUUGUAGUAUUAUCAUUUGUAUUGUGUUUUUAUAUAAAUUUUUUUCUUUUUUUUUUCUGCUACAUAGAGAAGUUAGCAAUAAAGCGCUAUGCUCCACUAGCUAGCAUCUGGGACGUUAGCUGUUUAAUCUUACUAUUAUUAUUAUUAUGAUUUUGUCUUUUUUUUAUAUAUAUAGAAGGGCAAGAAAGGCUGUGUUGUUUAUAUAUAUGUAUUGAGGUGUGUGUUGCAGAUGCUUAAAAGAUGUGAUAGGGUUUAUAAUAGAGUAGAAUGAGAGAUUACUGAAGAAAAACAUAAAACUGGUUUGUGAGAUAGAAGGAAAAAAGUUAGGAAAAAAAAACAAGAGAAAAUGAAAAGGUUAUCAAUGAAAGAACAGAUAGAUGGGGGUUUAUGACAGAUUAGACAAAGAGGUUACUGAAGAAAGAUCUAAAAAUUGUUGGUUAGUUAGAGAAAAAGCUAAUGAGGAAAAAGAACGAGGAAACGAAGGAAAAAUAUUAGCAAAAGAACAGAUGGAUAAAGCUUAAGACAGAUUAGACAAAGAGAUUACUGAAAACAGAGGAAGGACAAGUUACUGAGGAAAGAAAUUAAGAUGUGAAAAUUGUUUGAGUUAGAAUGAAAAACUACUGAUAUAAAAAAAAGAAAAUAAAGUUAUGAAUGAAAAAAGUUUCAUAAACCAGGAUGUACUAAGAAACACUGUAUGGAUAGAUGUAUGAAUGCACAGAAUCCAGGAUGAACUAGGACAGGGAUAAUGGUAGAUUUAUAAAUGACAGGAUGAACUAGGAGAUACAUACAUAUUUAAUCAGAUGAAAUAAACAUGUUAUUAACAAAUGAAAAGGAAGUUAUGUAUUGCUCCAAAAAAUACAUAAGAAAAAUCUAUUAUUUCUCUAAGAUUUUUUUUUUAAUUAAAUGUAUGUAUGCUUGUAUAUCUUUUUAUCUGAAAAUGUUAUAUAACUGUCUCAACUUUUCUUUCUCUUUUUUUAUCUGCAAGUUUGAAUGAAAAAUUUUAGCUUGUUAUUAUUAAUUGUCUUUUGUGUGUCUCACUUCAUAAUGUCAUUCUGAACUACUUCCAACUUUUUUUUUUUUUUUUUGAAAGGUGAAAUCCAUGAAAUAUGUUAAAAAAAUUAAUGAAAUAAAAAUACAUGUACUAAAA